GACCAGCAAAAAAAUCAACAGCUCAUCGAUCAAUUACGAGGCAAUGGACAGGAGCACUUUGUAUAUGAGAAAACUACUAGAUCGCUAAAUGUAGAAGAUCAAGAAGAUCGGAUGUACAAACGUCAACGUAUGGAUGAUGAACUCGAGGAUUUAAUUGAGGGCUUGGAUUUUGAAGAACCCUUAAUCGAAUGGGAAUUUAAUACACCGAAACCAAGUUGGAUGGACAGAGUAGUACAGGAACAAGAAUCGUUGAUUUCCCAUGCUUUUAAUUGUGAUAAAAAAACUCGAUAUGAGUUAUCAUUAAAUCCAAUCUGGUGGAGAAUUAUCGAUUUAUCUGAUCCAACGAUCACGACCCUUAUGUCGGAAGAUGAGUUGUCGGAGCUGAAUACAAAGUUUUCAUCUCUUUUGGAAAACUGGACCACAUUAGAACCCGAGGCAGAAAGAUGCUUACAUUCUCUCGAAAAGCUCGACAUUGAUCAACUUCGCACUAUUGGUGAAAUAGUUAGACCAAAAGGAACGUACGGAGCAAUUCUUGAACUUCAGAAAUUAUUGGAAAAUAAAAAGGAACAAAAUGCUUCGGAAGUGGACAAUCUGUUUGAGGACGAAAAUGAUUUCAAUAAAGAGGAUAAUGGAGAUCAUAAAGAGAUUUUAUCACUGACUCUUGAAGAUCAUACAAAUCCAGAUGUUGCUUUUAUUUUUGAUUUAAUUCGAUAUACAUGUGAAAUGAUCGCAAAAGGAAUUACUCAACGACCUAAUUCCGAACGAGAUAUUGACAUCUUCAUAAAGAGACAUAUAUUCUCUUGUUUCGAUACGAUUCUAGACAGCCAUUUUGGUGAGGCGGUAUCAAGAGCAUCUAGAAAUCGUCGGGCAGAGGUGAUAGAUGCACCAAGUAAUGCCGAGGGUUAUCAUUUGGAUUGGAUGUUCACGGUAUGGAGGCACGAUCGUG